CCUCAAUCCCAACGAUGCCUCUCAGCCAGACUGGUUCAAUUUUCUCGAGGCCAAGAUCAAGGGAACCGAGAACCAAGAGUCCUGCAUGCGUUUGAUCCAGGCGUUCAAGUCGGAGCGCCUGUCUUUCAUUAACCGGUUUCCAGGACCCCUAAAUGCUCCCACCAGUCCUAAUUAUUGCAAUCCAGAUAUGUGGAGUGGGCCUCUCCGUCCCUAUGCACUUUUUGAUGUCAGAUAUCGGGGUCCAGAUACGUUGGGGAGGAUUGGCUGGGAACGACUGGCCUCCAGAAAGAGAGAGCUCGUCAAAAAUGCCUGUUAUACUCACGGCUACCUAGUGGGAGCAGCCAUAUCGCUGAUCCCACUAGUAUGGCUCCAUGAAGAUCCAGGUGCCAUGAACCAGAUCCUGGCUAAAUUGACCGAGGAUAUGACCUUCGUUUCCGGUGCUGCAUUCGCCUCAACCACAGUCGGUUUGAGCUUUGAUAAGUUACUCAAGAAGCUACGGCGCUUGUGGCACUCUGAAAAACUAAGCUCGUACCGUGAGAAGGCCCUUGCCGCAAUUGAAAAGACCAACAAGUUGUUCGUGGCAGCAUGGCUUGUACAAGGGGCCAUGUGGUCCAAGGAAACUGAGUGGCAGCUCUACUCGCUCUGUCUGAACCCCAAAGAGCUCAUUUUUACAAGCAACGCCGACAUCUUUAUUGAUGUGGCCGUGGCCCAGAGCCGCAUGCUGGCGAUCAAGGAUCACGUCCUCGACGAAAGGCUACGUGCCAUGUGGCCCAUGCCAGUCGUGUACGAUGAUGCUAGUGAUAGCAACUAA